ACGGCCCCACAACCUUAUAUCCUACCUUAGGUUAGGUUAGGUAGGUAUACUUUGGACAGAGUCUUGUUAUGCUCCGUGUGCUGGUCAAGGCAUAACCUCCGCGCCUAGGUAGUUUUAGAUCUCUAUGACCUCCGUCGCCACAAUGCUACUUCGCUGGAUCGUUUCCUCCAGGAAUGUCAUGUCUUGGUACUAUAGUGGAGUUUAACAAGUAGGUGCUCAAUAUACUCUAUCUGAGUGGCCAAACCCCCUUUCGCCUACGUAGUCUGCAACCUUGCUCGUGGCUGUCGCAUUUGGCCAAAUCAACCCAGUUCACUGGUUCAACAAGGGGCUGCCAAAGAGGCCCAGGGGUUUGUCCGCUUAGCUUUGUCUAUUUUAUGUCUUUAGUUUUGCUUGAUCCUACUCAACCGGGUGGUUCACGUUACCUUUGCGGCGCCAACCUUGCCAUUUAACUUUAAGGCAUGACCCAGCCAGCUGUGGUAGCUCAACACUUGUGACAACGGUUCAACUUUUACCUUCUCGUUUUUUUUUCCUUCUCUUUAUAAGUUCCCUUCUCACCCGUCCCCAAGUUGGGACUUUUAUCUAUCUUGCAUCUCGCUUCGCUGUGCCUGUCUUUACCACUCAGCUUGCAAUAUGCGCUUUCAAACCUUUCUUUCGGCCGCUCUCGGUCUCGCCGCGAGCGUAAAUGCUUACUGGCUUCAAGACAUACAACAUCAAGGUGUUGCACCCUUUGGAGGUGCUGGAUAUACAGUGUUUCGUAACGUGAAGGACUUUGGUGCGAAGGGUGAUGGAUCAACAGACGACACUGCUGCCAUUACGGCAGCAAUGAACACACCCGAUAACAGGUGUUUACAAGGAUGUGCUUCCACCACAACGACUCCGGCAGUCGUUUACUUCCCGUCCGGAACUUAUAUAAUCUCCAAGUCUAUUGUCCCCCCUUACUUUACUCAGAUGGUCGGUGACCCGAAGGACCGACCAGUCAUUAAAGCUACCCCCAACUUCCAAGGUUUUGGUCUAAUCGAUGGCAAUCCAUACUACGGAGAGAACUUGAACUGGGUCUCAACGAACGUGUUCUACCGUCAAAUCCGCAAUUUUGUUUUUGAUACCACGGCCAUUGCGCCAGCAACCGCGGCCACUGGUAUCCAUUGGCCUACCUCGCAAGCGACCAGUCUUAUCAAUGUCGAAUUCAACAUGCCUACAGACCCCAGUGUCGUUCACGUCGGACUUUUCAUUGAGAGUGGCUCCGGUGGUUUCAUGAGCGAUUUAACGUUCAAUGGUGGCGCAACGGGUGCAUCUCUGGGCAACCAGCAAUACACCAUGAGGAACCUAGUGUUCAACAACUGUCAAACAGCUAUCAUCCAACUAUGGAACUGGGGUUGGACCUACAUUGGACUUCAAAUCAACAACUGCCAGAAGGGAAUUGACAUCACAGCUGGUGGUGCUGAGGCGCUUUCAACUGGUUCGAUCACCGUCAUUGACAGUACUUUCAAGGACACUCCUGUUGGUAUUACCACGGCUUACGAAUCUGGUGCUAAGCCGGACACCGCCGCUAGCAUCAUCCUCGAGAAUGUCAAGCUACAGAAUGUCCCUGUUGCAGUCAAGGGCCCGGGUGGCACUCUACUUGAAGGAGGCUCUUUAACGGUUGAAGCAUGGGGACAGGGACACCAGUACACACCCGAUGGACCUAGUGCCUUCCAAAAAACCAUAACGCCCAACAAGAGGCCCGAGUCUCUCGUUCGCAACGGUGCUUACUACGGCCGAUCGAAGCCACAGUAUGAGGAUCUUUCCGCGUCCGAUAUCGUCAGCGCUCGAAGCUCCGGAGCUAAGGGUGACGCUGCGACUGAUGAUACCGCAGCACUACAGUCUGCAAUUAACAGCGCAGCUUCCGCCGGAAAAGUUCUCUUCCUUGACCACGGUGUCUACAAGGUUACUUCAACCCUAAGCAUCCCUGCGGGCUCGAAGAUCAUUGGAGAAGGCUACCCAAUCAUUGUAGCCAAUGGUCAGGCUUUCGGUGACAUGAGCAACCCGAAGCCUGUGCUACAAGUCGGUGCUAAGUCAGGCGACGCUGGACAAGUGGAGUUGUCGGACUUUGUCGUUGGAAACCAAGGACCUGCUCCUGGAGCCAUCCUCAUCGAGUGGAACCUGGCUUCAGGGGAUACUCCGAGUGGCAUGUGGGAUGUUCACGCGAGAGUUGGCGGAUUUACUGGCUCGGACUUCCAAGUCGCACAAUGCCUUAAGCAGCCUGGUUCCACCAACAUUGACCCCAAAUGUAUCGGCGCGUACAUGAUGAUGCACGUUACACCGAAAGCCUCCAACCUGUACAUGGAGAACACAUGGCUGUGGGCAGCCGAUCAUGACAUUGAGGACUCCAAAAACACGCAAAUCACCAUCUACUCCGGCAGGGGUCUUUUGAUCGAGUCGACCGUCGGCAACUUCUGGCUCCUCGGCACGGCUGUCGAGCACAACAACCUCUACAACUACCAGUUUGUUGGAACCAAGAACAUCUUUGCCAGCAUGCUCCAGACCGAGACGCCAUACUAUCAGCCUCUACCCGAUGCGACCAAGCCCUUCCCCGUAGUCGCAGCUCUCCACGACCCCGAUUUCGAAGCGUCAUGUGCAGGUGUUGGAGGAAACUGUGCUAAUGCAUGGGGUCUUCGAAUCGUUGAUUCGACGGACAUCUUCAUCUACGGCGCCGGUCAUUACUCAUUCUUCAACAACUACAGCACUGAUUGCUCUACAGUUGAGGCAGGCGAGAACUGCCAGUCGCGAAUCGUCUCGCUCGAAGGCGCUACUAGCAACAUUAACGUAUACGCUCUUAACACGAUCGGUUCUCUUAGCAUGAUCGACCGGGAUGGUAAGAGCUUAGCCAAAUGGCAAGACAACGUGAACGUGUUCCCCGCAAACAUCAUGUUGUUCAGGACCGGUUAGAAGCCGAGACAUUCUGAACAGCUAUCUUGCGCAAGAGGGGCUUCGCCAGGGAGCGAAAGAAAAUUAUUCCCACGGGGAUACCCAACUUUUGACAGGUACAAUUUGAUACCUGCAGGAUACAUCAUAGGUUGCAUGAGCAGGCUUGCAUACGUUUCAGUGUAUAUCCUUUGAAUUUUUGUGAAUACCUUCUUCAUGUAUAUAUUAGGUGGAA